AUGGCGCCAAUGCACCCCUGUAGAAAACUCAAAGGCAGCCAGGAGCCCAAGGCGAAGAAAAGCCGCCGCACUCCUCUGGUGGAGCUGAAAGAAGAAGCCAGCGACCCAGAGCCGGAGAUGGAGGCGGUGAGCUCCAGCCAGGAGAUCCCCGUGUCGUCGUUGCCGCAGCAACCGGAGAAACUCUCCGUGUCCACGCAGACCAAGAAGGCGAACGGCGGCUCUCCUCGCACGCUGCACCGCGGGACCCAGACCAGCUCGGACGGAGCGUGCCAGAACAUGUGCCACGAGAAGUACACCAAGGUCUUCAACGACGUCAAGGAGAUGAUGAAGGCCGACAACAAGAGGGAGACGGAGAGGGUCGUCAGGGAAGCUCUGGAGAAGCUCCGGGCCGAGAUGGAGGAGGAGAAGCGCCAGGCGGUGAGCAAAGCGGUGUCGGGGGCUCAGGCGGAGAUGGAGAGGAAGUGUAAGCAGGUGAAGGAGAAGUGUAAAGAGGAGCUGGUGGAGGAAGUGAAGAAAGUGGUAGCUCAACACAAACAGCUCAUCUCACAGACCAAGAAGAAGCAGUGGUGUUAUAACUGCGAGGAGGAAGCCAUGUAUCACUGCUGCUGGAACACUUCCUACUGCUCCAUCAAGUGUCAGCAGGAGCAUUGGCACGCCGACCACAAACGAACCUGCCGCAGGAAGAGAUGAACAAACCCCCCCC